GAACAUUUAGUGGUCGUGCAAUCCGUCAGCUAGCCAGCCAGUCAGCCAGUUAGUCUUCUGUUGGCCAACAUUAUUUACUCAUUUACUUAAGGCGAAGCUACAAAAAUACAAUCGAUCGGAGGCGGUGAUUCGCGUCAAGAAAUUUCACUUUAGUUGAAAUCGAAAGAGCAAAGAAUUGGGAAUCGAAGGAAAAAAGAAGAAAAUCAGUAGUGAAGAGCUCUGUUGGAAAAAAAAUUACGAAAUAAAUUAAAACGUAUUAACUUUCCAUCAAAAAAAACUGAAAAAAUUGAAUAUUAUCAUCCAUUGAUGUUGUGUUCCAAAGCGGAAAGCUAGCUAAAUUAUUAAAAUUAUAAAUUUAAAUAAAGCAUCGGAAUUCCUGCCAGUUUAUAUAACCCCCCUGACUCUGAGUGUGUGUGUACGUGGGUGUGUUAAAACUCUAAUCCAAAGAUAUGGGUAUUCCAGACAUACGCCAUUUAAUCUCUGUGGAAUUUGAAGUAUUUGGUCAUGUACAGGGCUGUUAUUUUACAAAGUAUACACGAGACUUAUGUAAAAAAGCUGGCAUCACGGGUUGGGUAAAGAACUCCAAACAAGGUACGAUCGUUGGUAAAAUGCAAGGCCCCAAAGAAGAAGUGGAUAAAAUGAUUGAUUGGUUAUCCACGAAGGGCUCACCCGGUUGUCAAAUUGAAAAAUGUGAUUUAAGAAAUAUGGGCACAUUAAACCGUCUCGAUUACAAGACAUUCGAUAUACGAUUUUAGUGUAUUAUUAUUAUCUUUGUUAGUUACUAUUCUUUAGAAUUAAGUUUGAUGAUAUUUUAUUUAUUAUAUUUUUUGUUAUGAUCCCGCUUUUCUGUGUAAAAGAAGACGACAAUAAUUAUUUGGCAUAUGUUUUGUAAAAGUAAAAUUUUUAAAAUUAAAAUUAGGUGUUUUUAUUUCUUCAUCCCUAAAAGUAUGCUUUAUAAAGCUGGCUUGUA